CUUAGUUGGAUUUCAACGAGUGCGGUUUAUAUUAGCGCUUAAAAAGAAAGUGAAAACAAAACUAAGUUUGAAUAAGAAAAAACGGUUGAGGUUAUAAGAAAUAAAAGCAAAAUGUUGCAACUAAGAUUAAUUUGUUUUGGUGUGAUGAUUUGCUCUGUCAUUGCAGCGAUAACCGAAAAUCAUGAAAAUAAAGAUAUUCCCAACACAAAAAGUGAGGAACGUGUUAAACGCAGCUUCGAUUUGUUCCUACGCGCACUUCUAUCAAAAAGUGCACCCUUCUCUUCCAAUUUCCCAUUGCAACCAUUACCCACGACUACGAUGAGAACAACAACUACGCAGACACCAGCUCCUCCAGCAACAAUGGCACCUACAAAGCCACCACCAAUGCCACCAGCAAUGCCACCAGCUAUGAUGCCACCAGCUAUGAUGCGACCAGCUAUGAUGCCACCAGCUAUGAUGCCACCAGCUAUGAUGCCUCCAGCAAUGAUGCCACCAAUGAUGAUGAAUGGUGGUAAUGGUCAAAUGGCAAAUGGUAGUAAUGGUCAAAUGACAAAUGGUGGCAACGGUGGAAAUGGUCAAAUGAAUAAUGGUGGCAACGGUGGGAACGGCGGAAAUGGAAAUAGUAACGGAAAUGGUAAUGGCAACGGAAAUGGUAAUGGCAACGGAAAUGGAAAUGGCAACGGAAAUGGUGGUAAUGGGGCUAAUGGUGGUAACGGUGGUAAUGGUGGCAAUGGUGGUAAUGGUGGCAACGGUGGUAAUGCAGAUUAUUUCGAUUAUCUAGACUAUGAUUAUGGAUAUCCUAAUAAUGGUGCACAAUUUUUACGUAGACCUGGAUAUGGAGGUGCCAAUUUAGCUGGUCCAAGAAGAAGACCAAAACGUCCACCACUAGCUCAACCAAAUUAUGGCGGUGUUAAAGUUGCACAAGGACAAGGACAUCGUUUUGGUAAUCAGCAAUAUGUGCCUAAUGCUUUCUAUCCAAACAGUUAUGUUAUACCUGGUCAAGGUAAUAAAUAUAAUCUCAACUAUGGAGACUAUGAUUACGCGCAUGCGGUACCAAUUAAGCCUGUGCAACGCUUUAAACCUACUUACAGUCGUCCGCAAUUCCGUGGCAUUCCUGGUGGCGCUCCAACAUACGAAAGUCUCUUGUAUCAAUAUGAGCAACCUGAUGAUACCUACACGUCAGAUAGUGCUGUACCAUUUAAUGGUCUCGAUGACAGCAUCAAUAGUGAAAAUGUUCCCAAUAAUAUCGAUGAUUCUAAUACAAAUGACAGUAACGAUGAUGCAACCAGUGCUGCUGAUGAUGACAACACAGCAAAUACUAACGACAAUAACAACAAUAAUAAUGCACCCUUAAUUGUGAAUAAUGAAAAUGGUGAUGCUGAGGAUGGAGAAGAUACAAAAAUUCCAAAUAAUCUACCAAUACGUCUACAACAUCAGCCACAAAUUGCAUAUUCAUUUGUCCCACAAAAAUUGCAAUAUUCUACUGCAUCGCAUGAAUCACCACAAUAUUAUUACUCAAAUAGCAAAUAUGAUGGUGGUAUAUCUGCUAAAUCCCCUUCCUAUUAUUCAUAUUCUCCAGUUGAGUCCAAAGCAUACCAUCAGCCAGUCCAUAAAGAUUAUUUAACAUCGAAAUCCAUUGAUGUUGGUAUAUCUGAUAAAACCCCUUCAUAUCAUUCAUUCAUUCCAGUUGAAUCGAAGACAUAUCACAAACCAGCUGAAAAAUCCUAUUCUAUAUCAACUUUUGAUGACACUUUAUCCGCUAAAUCUCCUUCCUAUCAUUCAUAUACUCCAGUUGAAUCCAAGUCAUACCAUAAGUCUGUUGAUAAAAACUAUCCCACAUCGACUUCCUAUGUAGCACAUGAUGCAAAACAAUACCACGCCCAUUUUGUUGUUCACAGACAUUAAAUAUUAUAAAUUUUGCUUUUAUAUUUAUUUUAUUUAGGUAAAUUGGACAUCAUCGUUUCAGUCAUCCACAUUUCCUCCAUUUUUAUACGAUACAUUUACGAAUUUUAUUAAUAUUAAAAGAUUUUAUGUAAAAAUAAAUAAAAUACUAUAUAUAUAUUUUUAUUCCUACAUUUUCGGGAAAUU